AAUAUUAUAUAUACAUAUAUGCCUCCUGUGUUAUCUAAGAUCUUAGAUGUGAAAUAGUUUAUGUUGAAAUCUACAAAGCGAAAAGUGAUCUCAGGAGCUGUAAUAGCGGUGAUUCUGUAUUUACUAAAGAUCAGAUUGACCAAAUCAAAGACUGAAAAUAUGAAAGUGAAGAGAGAUGAAAAAAAAGGCAAGGGAAAUGUUGAUCGUAUGUUCUUAAAGAGGAUUUUGAAAUUACUCAAAAUAGUUAUUCCAAGGUUGAACUCACCGGAAAUUCUGGACUUGGUAUUGCUUACAGCAUCACUAGUGGCAAGGACAUUUUUAAGUAUCUAUGUAGCUAAUGUAAAUGGGCAAAUAGUCAGAGCAAUCAUUGAAUAAAACUUGAAUAUGUUCUUGUAGAGGAUCUUGAAAUUAGGAGUUGUGGCAAUUCCUGCAUCUUUCGUGAAUUCCUUCUUGGAUUAUUUAAACAAAUCCUUAGCAAUAAGGUUUAGAAAACGAUUAACCCAACAUUUCCAUGAUAUCUACCUCAAUGAUAUGAUCUUUUAUCAAUUAAGUAAUUUAGAUAGUCGAGUUGCCAAUCCCGAUUAAAGAUUAACAGCUGAUAUCGAAAAAUGGGCUAAUUCAUUGUCCUAAAUUUAUUCCAACUUUUCAAAGCCUGUCUUAGAUAUUAUCUUGUUCUCCAGAAAGUUGGCUGAAUUGGUUGGAUAUUAAGGACCAAUGUACGUCAUUUUGUAUUAUCUGAUAUCUGGAUUUUUAUUGAGAUUCCUAAGUCCACCAUUUGGUAAAUUGACAGCCAUUGAGUAGAGACUUGAAGGAGAUUAUAGAGCUUGUCAUAGUGAUUUGGUGUAUCAUAGUGAAGAAAUAGCAUUCUAUAGAGGACAUGCUUGGGAGAAAACAAGAAUCACAAAUUCAUUCAAUAAUUUGAUUGGACACACAGGGCAGAUCAUACUGAAGAGAUUGUAUAUGGGAGUUUUUGAUAGUAUGUUGGUGAAAUACGGAGCUGUCAUGGUUGGUUAUGCAGUGGUGGGUUUACCUGUAUUUGGUAGUAGAAGAGAGGAGUAUUUGAAGAGUGUAAAUAAUGAUCCUUCAGCAAUUACUAGAGACUACGUUAGAAAUUCAUCUCUUUUGAUUAAUUUAGCCAAAGCUAUUGGAAGAUUGGUGGUUUCAUACAAGGAAAUCUAAUAGUUGGCAGGAUACACAACUUUAGUGGCUGAAUUAGAUGAAGUAUUGAAGGAUUUGAUAAAUGGUAAGUACAUGAGAACAAUGUUGUAAAGCAACGAGAAUUAACCAGGAUAUUUUGCAUAGAAACAAUCAUUGGUUUCAAUGAAUAGAGGUUAGAUAGUUGAAACUGAAAACACAAUCAAAUUCGAAGAAGUCCCCAUUAUAUCACCUAAUAAUGAUAUCUUGGCAUAAAAGAUGACUUUUGAAAUUCAACCAAAUAUGAAUUGCAUUGUGACUGGUCCAAAUGGAUGCGGAAAAUCAUCAUUGUUCAGAAUUUUGGGUGGUCUAUGGCCAAUCUCAAGUGGUAAGUUAUAUAGACCUCAUAUUGAUAAAUUAUUCUACAUUCCUUAAAGACCUUAUUUGCCUGCUGGAACAUUGAGGGAUCAAAUCAUUUAUCCACACACAAAAUUACAAAUGUUGAGAAAGAAAGUAACCGAUGACGAUUUAACAGAAUUAUUGAGACUCGUGCAUUUGGAUUAUUUAGUUGUAAGAGAAGGAGGGUAUGACAAAUGCAAUGAUUGGAAUGAUGUGUUGAGUGGUGGUGAAAAGCAAAGAAUUGCUAUGGCUAGACUUUUCUAUCACAAACCAGUGUUUGCCAUCUUAGAUGAGUGCACCAGUGCAGUGUCAAUGGAUGUUGAGGCUACCUUGUAUUAGACUGCCAAGAUGUUGGGUAUCACUCUCUUCACAGUUAGUCACAGACCUUCAUUGUUCAAACAUCAUGAUUAUAUGAUCUAGUUUGAUGGAGAACAAGGAUGGAAUUUCAAAAAGAUAGAGCAUAGUUCAGAAUGA